AUGGCGCAUGCAGUUGAAGCAGGUCCUUCAACCUCUCAAUUCUUUACUGGAGGUACGCCAGCUGACCAACCGACGGAGAAUUGUAGCUCGAUGUCUUCCCUGGAAGUAUUUUUUGAUAUUGACGAGACUGUGAGAUGGAUCAGUGACAACAAUUAUAAUCGAGUAGCCCUUCAGUUACCGGACCAUUUCUUGGCAAGAGCCUAUCGUAUUGCCAAAUUGAUCGAAUCAAAAGCGGAUACGAAGACAUUCGUCCUUGCUGACACGUCUUAUCGGAGUUGCUGUGUGGACGAGGUGGCUGCUUCCCAUGCAUCUUGCGAUGCAAUGGUACACUAUGGUGAUGCGUGUCUAAGUGCACUUCCAGAGAAUAUUCCAGUCAAAUUUGUUUUUGGAAGCUUCCCUCUAAAUCUAGAAGCGUUUAGUCAAUUUCCUAAGUGUCUUGCCACUGAUGUCACUACACCACUUCUGUUACUAACAGAUGCUUGUUAUUCCGAUAAAAGUGGUAAUUUUUUAAAUCUCCUUUACGGUUGCUUUUUCUGCAGUGCGUUGUCAACACAAGUAUGCUUCGUUGGAGAUCCGACUAGCCCCCUCGUUCCACUUUGGCUGAUGAGUUUUCCGCAAUGUACGUCCUGUCAUAGUACAACAAUUAAACAACAACAUAUUUCGACAAGUGAGAUGCUUCGUAAACGUUUAUUUCUCAUAGAAAAACUGCGUGAUGCACGUACUGUUGGACUCGUGGUUGGAUGUCUCGGAGUGAAACGGGAAGCUGUGCACCGAGUUCGAGAGUUAUGUAAGGCGGCCGGAAAACGGCUCUAUGUAAUAUCCGUGGGAAAGGUGAACGUGCCAAAGCUCUCCAACUUUGUUGAUAUCGAUGUUUUCGUUCUAUUAUCCUGCCCAUUUGGUGUAAUAUUGGAUUCGACGGAGUUUUUCCGUCCCGUAUUGUCGAUGUUUGAAGCAGAAGUGGCCUUGAAUCCUUUAAAGAAGUGGUCUGGUGACAGUAAAUGGUGUGCGGAUUUCUCCGAGUUCUUAAACGGUGAUGAUGAUGCAGAUGUGAGUCUCAUAACAGGAAAGGUGCGUUCGUCAUGGUUACUGGACUCUGACGCAGCAACACAAUCAGGACAAAUGGUCGCUUAUCAAACAGGUUUGGAGAUGGUGGUGCUUAAAUGUGAUGUUAAGAAUUAUUCCGUUUUUGUGUUAGUUUCCUAA